CGGCACAGCCCACUGCUGCGGCCACUCGGAGCCCGGGUUGCCGGCGCCUUCCACUGGCCAGGCGGGAGCGGGGGAGGCCCGAGCCGCCGAGCCCUGCCCCACGCCCCUUCCGCGCCGCCCACCGCCCGCGGCGGAUCCUGGAGGAUCUAAGAGGCGCUGCGAGCCGGGCGGGUGGCCGGGGGACGGACGCGGCGCGGCGGCGGGAGCGCGGAGCUGGGCGAGGGGCGCACGAUCCCCCCCGCGUGGAGGCGCAAUGGAGUGGGCCGGCCGGGGAGUUGAGGGCUCUGGGUUUGAACCUGCCAACUUCUCCAGCGGGCAGGGGCGAGCGCCAGAGCAGCGGCGAGGGCGAGUGACACGCAGAGCUGAAACCAUGGUUCAGCAGGUGCUCUACCGGGCGCUGGUCUCCACCAAGUGGCUGGCAGAGUCUGUCCGGACUGGCAAGCUGGGGCCAAGCCUGCGAGUGCUGGACGCCUCCUGGUACUCGCCGGGCACCCGCGAUGCUCGCAAGGAAUACCUAGAGCGCCAUGUGCCCGGCGCGUCCUUCUUUGACAUAGAAGAGUGCCGGAACAGAGAGUCACCCUACGAGAUGAUGCUGCCCACCGAGGCGGGCUUCGCUGACUACGUGGGCCGCCUGGGCAUCAGCAACAACACGCACGUGGUGGUGUAUGAUGGUGAUAACCUGGGCAGCUUCUAUGCGCCGCGGGUGUGGUGGAUGUUCCGGGUGUUUGGCCACCGCACCGUGUCAGUGCUCAAUGGUGGCUUCCGAAACUGGCUGAAGGAGGGCCACCCAGUGACAUCUGAGCCCUCACACCCAGAGCCAGCCAUCUUCAAAGCCACACUGGACCGGUCCCUGCUCAAGACCUACGAGCAGGUGCUGGAGAACCUCGAAUCAAAGAGGUUCCAGCUGGUGGAUUCUCGGGCUCAAGGGCGGUACCUGGGCACGGAGCCAGAGCCAGAUGCAGUAGGCCUGGACUCCGGCCACAUCCAAGGCUCAGUCAACAUGCCCUUCAUGGACUUCCUGACGGAGGACGGCUUCGAGAAGGGUCCAGAGGAGCUCCGAGCCAUGUUUGAAGCCAAGAAGGUGGACCUCGCAAAGCCCCUCAUUGCCACGUGCCGGAAGGGUGUCACCGCCUGCCACAUUGCCCUGGCCGCCUACCUCUGCGGCAAGCCCGAUGUGGCCAUCUAUGACGGCUCCUGGUUCGAGUGGUUCCACCGGGCUCCCCCGGAGACCCGCGUGUCCCAGGGGAAGGGCGGGAAGGCCUGAGCGGUGGCCUCUCCUCCCGUCGCUCACCGCUCCUGCCAGUGGAGUGACCCUGGCACGGCCCGCGGCUGGUCCAUGCCCCGUGGGCAAAGGAAAGCGAUGCGUUUUUGGAGUUGAUGUGUAGAGCGCUCCUUCCCCCGACAACACUGGAGUAAACUUGGCCUUUUCUGAGUA